AUGAUGGCGCCAUCUCUCUUUGUUUCUUUUCAUCACCCUGUCCCGCGCCAACCCGGAAGCAGCGCGGAUGUCGGUCCGUUCGUCAACGUGGUGACCUGGAUUCUCUUGAUCACUUCCGCUUUGGCGGUCCUGACUAGGCUUAUCACGAAGCGUGCACUCAGGAGGAGCCUUGAUUUUGACGAUGCGUUCGUUCUGCUUGCUUUGCUUGCGAGUAUAUGCUCUGGUGCAUCGGUCAGCGUGCAGAUCGACAGUGGCCUUGGACGAGAUAGUCAUGUGUUGACUGAGCGUCAGAUUGUGGUGUAUCAGCAAGCGGAAUAUGCGAACAAGCUGCUUUACGUCGCAACAUUAUGUUUCGCGAAACUAUCCAUUAUCUCGCUACUGAUGAUUCUGACUGAGUCAAAACUGCAUCGGAAUCUAGGCUUGGGUUUAACUGGAUUCAUCGCAUUGUGGAGCGCGCUUUCCGAGGUCGUAUCGGCUUUCCAAUGUGGCGCUAUAGAGCCGUGGCGCUUCCUUGUUAGGGGAGGAGAUUGCUUUAAUCUGGCUACCUUCUGGCAGACGGUGGGUGUCGUCAACAUAGUGACAGAUUUGGCCUUAAUACUGUUCCCAGUACACGUCAUCAUGACGCUACAGAUGAGCACGAGUAAGAAGAUCACUAUCCUGACAUUCUUUGGUGCGCGGUCACUGACAAAGGUUAUCAUGGAGAAGCAUAUUGACCUGCAGACGUUCGACCAUGAGAUUCUGCGGCAAAGGGGGAGAGGCUCCAUGUCAGAAGGGAAAGGCCCUAAAUUCGAUCGCGACAAGUAUGAGUUGGCGAGGGUGGGAAAGGAGCAAGUACUGAAGCGCCGCUUCGGACUGGCGUCAAUGACUGGACUCUCGUGUGGAUUGAUGUGUACUUGGGAGACCUUGCUUGUCAUCUUCUCUAUAGGCUUCGCGAAUGGCGGCCCUGCUGGUCUCAUCUACGGUUUCAUACUUAUAUGGCUGGGUAACUUCUCCGUCUUCGUCUGUAUAGGCGAGCUUGCCAGUGCAGUUCCAACUGCUGGUGGACAAUACCAUUGGGUUUCCUUGUUGGCGCCACGGUCGAACAAGAAGUUCUUCAGCUAUCUGACUGGCUGGCUCACUGUCGUUGGUUGGAUAGCAGCUCUUACUUCCGUGUGUUACUUCGUUGCGGACCUGAUUCUCCAACUGGUCAGUCUGAAUGAUCUUGACAGAACCUAUACUCGAGAAGGAUGGCACGGCACUCUUCUCCUUUGGGCCAUACUACUGUUAUGUGUCUUCAUCAAUGUCUUCAUAAGCGGAGCACUUCCUACCAUCGAAGUCGUUGUAUUGAUUGUCCACGUUCUUGGCUUCUUCGGCAUUCUGGUGCCACUGGUAUAUCUGACUCCUAUCCACAACUCUGCUAAGCAGAUUUUCACGACAUUUCACAACGAAGGUGCUUGGAACACACAAACUCUAGCCUUCUUUGUCGGGCUUCAAGGUAAUGCUUUGGCAUUUGUUGGAACGGAUUCAGUUGUCCACAUGGCUGAAGAGGUCAAGAACGCCAGUACCGACGUCCCUCGCUCGAUGCUUCUCAGUCUUGUCGUAAACGGUACAUUAGCACUAGGCAUGCUUUUCGCUGUUCUCUUCAGUGCACACGAUAUCCCAGCAUUGCUUGGCGAUCAAAAUGCCGCAACCGCGCCCUUCCUCCGCAUCUUCAAAGACGCUGUCGGAUCCGAGGCUGGUGCUACUGUCAUGGUUGCCAUCAUCGUUCUCCUCGAAUUUUGUAGCGCAAUGGGAUGUUUGGCCGCUGCAUCUCGUAUGACUUGGUCUUUUGCUCGAGACCGUGGUCUUCCUUUCUCGCGUGCUCUCAGUGUGAUUGACAAGCGCAGCACAAUUCCCAUAGUCUCCAUCCUAGCCGUCACGGUAUCUACCGCCCUCCUGGCUCUGAUCAAUAUCGGCAAUAGCGCUGCUUUCAACGGGACGAUAUUCGUCGUCCUGGAAGGUUUCUACCUCUCCUACCUUCUCGCAAUCGGUCUUCUCCUCUGGCGCCGGCUCCGUGGGGACCUAGAGAAUCCUGAGUCUUCGCUCACCAUCUUCAAUGAAACCCAAAUCGACGAAGCUUACGAUGGCAGCCUGACCUGGGGUCCUUGGCGUCUAGCAGGGGCGUGGGGUGUGGCCAACAACGUCGUCGCCAUUUGCUAUCUCACCUUGAUUAUCUUCUUCAGUUUCUGGCCAAGCGAGGUCAGCCCCGAUCUUGUGCAUAUGAAUUGGGCAGGUGUCGUAACCGGGUCGGUUGCCUUGUUCAGUGUGGCGUACUAUCUUCUCUUCGCAAAGAAGUCGUACAUUGGACCAAUUGUGGAAGUGGGUCCACAUGCAUUGUAA